CCUUUAAUCGAGCAAUGGGAACAUAUGUUCCUCAAAUCUCUGGAAAGGCGGUGACUGGUAACGAUGACACUGAUAGCCUUUUGGACGAAAAAAGAUCUUUAUAUUGCGCAUCAUCUUAUGAAAAACGUAAAGUUCCAAGAAUUAUAAGAAGCAGUAGCGGAUUUUUAAAAUCACCAAUGAAACGUAGUUGGAAUUCUUCUGUCCCUAAUGUUUCUUCUACACCCAUUGUUGCUCCUUUAACUCCAACGCCUGCUCCUCCGUUGUGGAAAGAACAAGUUGACCCAAAUAUUAAAGCUGAAUUGACACAAGCCGAAAUUCAUCGACAAGAGAUAAUAUUUGAAAUUAUUCGUACUGAAAAGGCUUUUGUCGAAGAUAUGAAAUAUUUAAUAGAUCAUUACGUAAAUAAUUUCCAAGAUUCUGGCAUUCGUUUACCUUCUAGUCUUGAACAAACAUUCUCAAUAUUGCCUGAUAUUCUGUUACUGCAUCUUAACGCCUCUCUGCAACUUCGCUGCACGCAAGCAAUAAUGUAUCCCGUUGUACCAUCGAUAACGCACAUACUUCGUGACUUGUCCAAGCAAUUCCAAAUUUACGAGCCAUAUCUUAUUCAUUAUAAGACGGCAAUUUCUGAAAUAGCAAAUGCUCGUAAAAAGAACAAUAAAUUAGGUCAACUAGUAAAGUCUUUAGAAUCAAAUUUAUUACCAGGAAGGUACUUAACUUUGGAAAGUUUGCUCACAAAACCAUUCCAAAGAUUAUGCAAAUAUCCUCUCUUAGUUAUGACUUUAUUAAGGGCCACCGUGCCAGAUCAUAAAGAUCACCCAUCGCUUGUCGACUUGCAUGAUCAAAUGGACUGUGCUCUUAAGGAACUUCAAGAACGUAAAUCAAGAUAUGAACGUUUAAAGGAAAAUGAUGAAUUUUCGGGCAGAGUUUCGACACUAAGUCCUUUCAACAAAUUAUAUUCGACUUAUCGUUACAAGCGCUCGGUCACAAUGCCAUUCACGAGAUGA